AUGUCCGUCCGCCACGUCUUCCUUCUCCUCAUGGCACUCGGAAUACGGACGGCACUGUCCGCAGUGCUUCUCACCUUUCCGCAAGCACGCUUCCCGCCUCUCGAUUACCUUCCCGACGACCUGACACUUCCGCCGUGCGGAGUGCCAAAACCUACAAAACGUUCGUUUCAAUGUAGAGAUUCUUUCAAUAAUUCAUUUAUUUUCCAGCGUUCUACACCACUUUCCACAUCGGAGACACGUACAAUAUCACGUGGAUCACUCCGUCCACAACCAACGUAACACCUCUUUUCGUUUGUGAAUCGCCCGUUUUGUGUUCAGAGCACUUACCGUAUCCGUCUCGUCGAUUCGGACGGUUUGACAGUCGAGCAAUUCCCGGGGAUCAUUCCGGAAGGAGACAAUGCGCAGUCCGUCAAGUUGAGAUCUCCUUGCGAGCAGUGCAUGUUGCUCGUCGAGCAAGUCAUGUCGAAUGGAAAAGUGUUCCGCUCUUGCGCAGAUGUUAAUGUGAUUCGUGGCAUCGGUAAACUUUUCUUCUCCCUCUUUUUUUGCAAAUAUGAUCGCUUCAGUUAGGGAUGAUGAACAGUGCAGUCAACGGGGAAGUCUGAUGAAUUCCACGUGUCAAUGUGAAAGCGGAUUCACUGGAAGUCAAUGUCAGCAUUACGGUAACUUCUAAGCAAUAGCCAUUCUUUCGCAUUUAAUGUUUAGCACACUGUGAAACCAGCGAUGACUGUCUGAACGGAGGCGUUUGUGUCGAUCAGCUGGACGCUCUCAUCAGAAAGAGAUGCUUCUGUUCUUACGGAUUCUUCGGCCAAAGAUGCGAUCAGAGUGAGUCGCUUUUUAACGUUCAAAACUCGUUGUCUCUUUUCAGAAUUCAACUCUCAGAAUGACAAUUGUUUCGCGUACGACGAACUGGUCGCUGCUGACCUUCCCCUCUACGGAAUGUUCAAUCCAAGAUGCUACCAAAGAUACGAUCUGUCAGCUGAAGACCGUAUUUAUUCACGAAGAGUGGAGGAGGAAGUCGAAGUUAUCAUGGACUUUGCCACCAAAUCUUGGCUUUCAUUGGGCUGGCGACCGACUGAGCUCAGCACUUCCUGCCGCCUGUUCCGAUCCUCGAGGACACGCGUGGAAGAUCGAACGAAAUGGACGAGGUCGCGCGGAGAGAGUUCGUCGCAAACCGGUCAUGCCGAAGAACAAUGGAUACAGUAGGAAGCCAAGCGGUCCCUCAUAAAACGUACUUCGUUUUCAGCCGAACUCGGUCUCCGGUCCUCCCUUCAUCCGAUGGACUGUGUCGACAUGAUCACGGCGUCCGUUCGGAAAGGCCGUCUCUUUAUUUCAGACUUCUACUCUCGCGACCGUUCGACGCCUUUGGAGGACUACUGGUACGACGGAGAAAUGAGUUUGUCGGCUGCGUACGGAACACAAUCCGCAGGGCGUACUGUAGUUAUGUUCCGAAGGGAACUCAGAGGUAAUAGUGGAAUCAGUUCUGAUCUGGCCAACGAUUGAAUUCAGAAUUCGAGCCCACCGACCAUCCACUGGGACCGAACGAGAUUCUUGUUGUGUGGGCGAAGGCAGAGAGUGCGAUGGCAAACAGCUUCCACGGAUCGAACAGAGGGGUGGAGAAGUUGAAACUGGCGGAGACCGUCAAUGUGACCUUCGAGCAGCCGACGCCCCCGAACGAAAUCGCAUUCGGAGUGAAGAACGUUGUGCACGACCGUCUCGAGCCGAUGACGAAGACGACUGCCGCCACGAACGAACGUCCGGUUUCCCCGUCUACUUCUGCUCCAACCGUUCCCGCUCCAACUGCCCCCUCCACCUUCACUUCCACUUCUUCUCCUAUCACUACCUCUUCUGAAAACUCUACCUCUUCUAUUUCGAAUUCUUUAAUUCUUAUUCUGUUGAUUUUUCUUAUUCUUUGA